AUGCUCUUCAAUUCUAACAGAACAACAUCACUAGCCAUUUCGUUGUUUGGCUCAGUAUUCAAUUUUGUUCUUGCAGCCCGGCUACUGGGAGCCUGGCGGUCGUUCAAAUGGGAACCAGAAAGCGAGUGGGAGAGCUCCGAAUAUUCCAUAAGUAAGGAUGGAGUACGCCUUGUAUGGGCGUUAUUGUGCGCAUAUUUUGCUGCGGCAUCGGCCAUUUGUUUCUUUGGCCUGGCAGGCAUUGUUCGAAGCAAACCAUCAUUCGUGCGCAUAUAUCGUGACUAUAUUGUUGGAGAAUUCGUGUUUGGCACGUUGUUUGCAGCCAUAGGCUCUUACGCUGCUUUUCGCCCAGCAGUUCGCUCCAAUGUUUGCGAGUUGUUGUCACGCCAACCAGACACGCUUCGGGACUUCAUUGACUUGGGGCUGACUUUGGAGAACUGCGAACCAUGGUUCGAACGGGGAGUGUUCGCGUUCAUGGUUAUCCUGAUUGUUGUAACCGUCAUUCGCCUUCAUUUCGUGUUGGCUUUGUCAAGUUACUAUACCAUUCUUGUUCGCCGUCAAGGCUUCCAUUUGUCAUCGCACACACCUCACUAUUCGCAUGCUAGUAUUGCCGACAGAAGCCUACAGCGGAUAUAUAUUAUCCCAGCUCGCUCAUUGGCAAGCAAAGGGCCUUGUACAUCCGACCUCGAUCUACAUUUUGUAGAUGCUCCGGUUUAUGCUCCAGUGCCGCUCACCCAGGUUUCUCCCCAAGUUGCAGAGGAGCUGCUUGCAAAUGCAACCGAAGCUUGGGUUUCUCGAUUUGACUCAGCACAACCUGUGCGACCCCACAGCCUGUCGCUAGCAGGUCGCCAAUCUGCGGACCCCGGUCCGGGUGCAGGUCAGACUGCUGACUUGAUUUCGUUGGAGAACGACAAGGUAUGA